CUUCUGUGGGUUACAACUAAAAUAAAGUCCAAUAAAAGCUUCCAUAAGAGGGCGGAGGUUUUGGGGUGUGAUCUGCUCCAUCAUUGGCUGAGACGCGUCGUCACUGCGUGUGUAUUGCUCUGUGAGUGGCUGCGCAGGCUGUCAGUCAGUCAGAGCCUCCAGAGAGAGAGAGAGAGGGAGAUGUCAGAGGCUGAGCUGCUCCCAUCACUUCAGUAGCUCUAGUGGGGUUCAGCAGCCAGCCAGCCAGCCAGCAUGGCCACAGCUGCCUCCAGCCCCUACACCCUGCUCAGCUCCAGCCCCAUGCUCCACCCGGACAGCAGCCAGGCCAUGCAGCCAGGCCAUGCGAGCCCCUACAGAGGCCACCAGAAGCUGCUCCAGAGCGACUACCUGCAGAGCGUCAAUGGGCACCCCUUGGGGCACCAGUGGGCGAGCACCCUGUCGGAGGGCAGCAGCCCCUGGUCGGCCUCCACCUCCAUGGAGCAGCAGGACGUGAAGCCCGGCCGAGAGGACCUGCAGCUGGGCAUCAUCCACCACCACCACCACCGCAACGUAGCGCACCACUCACCCCAUCACAACAACAACCAUGGCAACAACCACCCGGUUGCCUGGGGGACCCACAACUCGUCCAUCAGCAACAUCUACUCCCAGACGGGCUUCACUGUCACCGGCAUGCUGGAGCACCACAACGGCGGCCUCACGCCUCCUCCUCCGCAGGCCCAAGGAGGAGGCAUGCACCCGGGCGGCCUCAGGGAGACUCUCAGCCCGGAGGAGCACAGCAGCGAGCUGGGCGGACACCACUGCCACGACCACUCCGACGAGGAGACGCCGACGUCGGACGAGCUGGAGCUCUUCGCCAAGCAGUUCAAGCAGCGACGCAUCAAGCUGGGCUUCACCCAGGCGGACGUGGGUUUAGCUUUGGGCACCCUCUAUGGAAACGUGUUCUCCCAGACCACCAUCUGCAGGUUCGAGGCUCUGCAGCUGAGCUUUAAGAACAUGUGCAAGCUGAAGCCGCUGCUGAACAAGUGGCUGGAGGAGGCGGACUCCACGACGGGCAGCGCCAGCAGCAUAGACAAGAUAGCGGCUCAGGGGAGGAAGAGGAAGAAGAGGACGAGCAUCGAGGUGAGCGUCAAGGGGGUGCUGGAGACGCACUUUCUCAAGUGUCCCAAACCGGCCGCGCCGGAGAUCACGUCGCUGGCGGACUCGCUGCAGCUGGAGAAGGAGGUGGUGCGGGUCUGGUUCUGCAACCGGAGGCAGAAGGAGAAGAGGAUGACGCCGCCGGGGGAUCUGCCGACACCGGGGAUGCACGAGGGAUCCUAUUCUCAGGGGGGGGACAACUCCUCGUGCCAUGAUCUCUGACCGAAGCACCGGGAGGAAUCACACCCCCCCGGUGCACAGACUCCUCCAGAGCGCGUCCAGGUGCGCACCUCCAAGAAGAAGAAGAAGAAGCGCGUCCCGGUACAGACUCCUCUCCAGCACUGAGACACAACAACACAGAUACCCGCUCAGCCUUUUUAUAACUUGUCACGAGGGCAUUUUAUUCUAUAUCAAAAAAUCAAAUCACAUUUCAGAUUCAACUUCUUCGGAGCACCGCCAAAUUAUUUUCUACAUCAUUUAUGGAUAUAAAUACAAAAAUGUGCCUAUAAUAACCUGCCAGCGCCUUUUGGUUUUUAUGUCACCGUUUUUUUCUCCUCAUCAUCAUCUUGCAGCAGCAGCAGCUCGCACCAGAGGCCGUUUUUACAGUCCACCUCCAUGCUUCCCUCGGGCUUCUACUACACUCAUUAUUUUGUAACAUACUCUGUAGCAGAUCUGUAAUUAUUUUUGCAUAUGCAAAUUAUUAUUAUUAUUAUUAUAGGCCUCAUUCCUGUUGUAGAGAGCUAUACCAACAUAAUAGCACUUGGAGGGUUUUUUCUUUUUAUUAAAUACCCUCCCUCAUGGCCUGUAGCUUAUGAAGCCACACAGCUAUUUAUAAAUGCAUCUAUUUGAUUUCAAUCAUCUUCGACCAUAUAAACUGUGUGGACUCUGAAAAACCAGAGCCGAGAAUAGAGAAAAAGAAAAGGGGUUCGACGACGCUAUACACCUGCCUAUAAUUUUAUUGUACGUUCAGUAUCAAAAUUUUAUAAUCUUAAAUACUCCUGUUUAUUGGUUUAUUUCCUAAGUAUUUUUUCGAAUAUUGUACAGUUUUAUAUAUUACCCUUUUUGAAGUCAUUAAUUUAAACAAAAUGCUCUUAGUUAUUCAUGCACUUAAUUAGCAAUGUAAAAAAAAAACACAAUAUUUUCAGUAAGAUUGAACUGUUUCGGCGGUUUUAUUCCAAAUUUCGAUGACAGCUCAAGUAAUUAUUUAUUUUCAGUAUAAAGCUUGUAUUAUGUUUUGAAAUAAACUAUGUAUGUUGUAAUAAACAAUUUUCUUGCUA